CGACUAGGUGAGGCUGUCAGAGACGCAUCGAGCAGCUGGCAGGAGGUGAACUGUGAGCACAAGGUGAGGAACCUCAUUAGGAAAAAUGGCGAGCAGUAACCUUGUGGGACGCAUCCGGAACUAUCCUAAACCCUCAGGACCCGCUCUAGCGAUUUCAAAGGUGGUAGUUUGCAUCAUUCCCAUUGCUCAGAUUGCAAUUGGGGCAAAAUACCUUCAUGAGUGUCCGCGUGAGCACUUCAUCCCCAUCUAUCUGAUAGUGGUGGGAGUCUUUGGCCUGAUUCUAUCGUUACUCUCCUGCUUGCCCUGCGCCAAGGAGUCCGAAGAAGGCACCUCCAACCCUCUGAGCAAAAUCUCCAUAGCCUGGAACUCCGUAACAUCUGUCUUUCUCUUCUGCUGGUUUAUUGCUGGUAAUGUAUGGAUCUACUCUAUUUAUCAGCCCAACUACAUUAAAAACACAACAGAUGUGAGCUCCUACUGCAACAAGACCCUUUACCUGUUUGCCUUCUGGACCACCACUUUGGUUUACAUCCUGGUUGGUUUGUUUUUCUUGUGCGGCUCCUUGGUCCUGAUGUGCUCCUGCCUGUGUUGCCAUGCCAAUCUCAACGACGACGUUGUGUAACGACUUUUGGAAGCAAUGAAGGGACGGGACGCUGCUGAUGCAAAUAUGUUGGAAAUGCGUUCUAAAAAAAUGGCAGGAUAAGUGUG